AAAAGAUAAAGAAGCACUGAAGAUAAAGAUAUGGAAACCUGCUGUAGGACCUGUGGUUGUUGACAAUAAACAUAAAGAUAAUCGCCAGGAGCCUCGCCACAACAGCUGCGUAGUGAAAAAGUUUCGCUGUAAGAACGCAUGCCGACACCGGGGAGUAUUGGACUAAAUUUGCCCGCCGAACAGGAGAACGACAAAGCGAAGAUGACUUCCGGACCGUCUACGCUGAAGUGGAGCAUCGGGAGCUAUGCUCCGGCGGUGGACCCGACCUUCUGGCAGGAGCUGGCCAGGCUGAAGCUGGACGAAUGGCGGUUGGACGGUGACAAACCCACGGAACUCCGCUCGGAAAUCCUAUUUGCACCCUCGAAGGCGUCGUUCAGGUAUCUAUCGGAAGUUGCUGGUGAGGAGCAUGUACUAGAUAACGCGGCUGCUUUUCUUGCUGAUGUUCACGUCUGUGCUUUCUAAAAAUCCUGUCGAAAAAAAGGAAACUCAAAUCAGCUACAACUCCUUCGCCCAGCCUGUCCCGCCAUGGCAGGCCGGCGUUUUGCGCAACAUGAGCACCAUCGAGGAAUUUCGGCGGUACGAUCGGCAGGACAUGCUAGAGAACGCGCAGAAAAGCCUGUGGGGAGGUCUCGUGAAAGGGGAACUGUUUCAGCCGUCGGUGUUUGUGACUUUCGCGGACUUGAAGAAGUACCACUUCUUCUACACGCUCGGGUUCCCUUUCGUGAAGUGUCCAGCCAAUCCGGAACUGGUCGGCAGAGAGGAAGAAAAGGACGAGGGUGUGCUGAAAAGCAUCAAGGGAUUCGCACCAUCCUCCUCUUCUUCAAGCUCGUCGAGCAAAGCUCCGGGCCAAGUUGGGGUGCGCGCCUUUGUCGCGAACGGGAGCAGUGCAGAGGAAAAGUUUCUCGUCUAUUUCGACAGCGGUGAGAAUGAUACGUAUGACUCCGGGUUCCGGAACGUCCUGACGUUGUUGUGGCUGGACGGCGGCAAAACAUUUCGGACAAAAGCGGAGGGGGAAGGGGGAACGAAGUUUUCCACGCAGUGCGUCGUCGUGCAGAAGGGUGCGGGGGCAAAGCGCUUGACGGUUCGAUUUGCCGCACAGCCGACCGACAAAGACAGGGAAAAGUGCCCGGAGAAGAACUUUUCUCCGGGGUAUAGAUAGAUAGAAGAGUUGCUUCCUACUUGUUAGUUUCAUUGCUGUCAUUGGCCCUUCAUGAUCCUGUUGUAUCGUUAUAACUCUGCACGAGCAACGAGAAUGCGAUCUUCAACAUCAUACAUUAUAACAUUCAAAACUACAGCUGGCUGAAAAACGAGCAGGGCACUUCAGUCGUGCGGCAAGUCGACCUCGCGCAGUGGUUGAACCCGGCUGCAAUAGCGAAGAGCGCCGUCGACUUGAAUAUCAAGCUGAUGAAAUGGCGCUUGGUACCGGACCUCGAGCCCGAGAAGAUGCAGGAUUUGCGCUUCCUCAUGCUGGGAUCCGGUACUCUCGGCUGUGCGCUGGCGCGAAACCUGCUUGGCUGGGGCGUGCGACACAUCACGUUUUUGGAUUCAGGUAAAAAAGCUUUGGACAACUUAGUCUUUUUCUUGUUUUGCUUUUGGUUUUGUAUCUAUGGUUACCUCCUAGACCACCGAGACAAGAGCUGCCUUCUUGUGCAGGAUUUGCGAAACCUUGUCCCAUCGCCAGGCAUCGUGAAUUUCAGUAACCCUGUGCGGCAAAGCCUGUUCACGCACCAGGACGCGGUGGACCAGCGGCCCAAGGCGGAAGCCGCGUUCGCCCGCGCCAAGGACGUGAUGCCGGAGCUGGAGGGCGGCGCCGUUCAGCUGGAGAUCCCGAUGCCUGGGCACUCGCACAGCUACAGCGAGGAAAACAUCGAGAAGUUGCAAAAAUUGAUCGACAGCCACGACGUGAUCUGCAUGUUGACCGACUCGCGGGAGAGUCGGUGGCUGCCCUCGCUCCUGGUCGCGGCCUCGAAGCGACCCGUGCUGGGACUCACCGUCGCGCUCGGCUUCGACAGCUUCCUCGUCAUGACGCAGAGCUGCGGUACAAGAUCGACAUGCUCGUGCUUGAUUCUGAAUGGAAGUAGAAAACGAACGACAUUCCCUUGCGACACGAAAACCAAAGUUUCUGUAUUGGAUUGCAGUGAAAAACACGACAAUAAUUGUUCCAAAUCCAAGGUGCUGCCAAACGCGCCUGCUACUUCUGUAACGACGUCUCCGCCCCCACCGAUAGUCUGAAGGAACGCACCCUGGACCGACAGUGCACCGUCGUGCGUCCGGGCGUGAGCGGACUCGCGAGCGCCCUCGCGUCGGAACUGGUCGCAGCGCUGUCACAGCACCCACAAGGCUUCGAGGCGCAGAAGGAGGACAGCCUGCUUGGAAAGGUACCAGAUCAAAUCCGCGGCUAUUUGUCCGACUACAGGCUGGUUCCCUUAGAAACAGAGCCGUUCGCACAGUGCGUGUGCUGCUCGCCGCAGAUUCGGAACGCGUAUGAGACGGAGGGGAUGGGCUUCAUCCGCAAGUGCGUUGAGGACAACCGAAUUUUGGAAGAAGUGUCCGGACUAAACAACAUGAAGUCCGUGGUCGACGGAAUGCAAGCAGAUGCGCUCGAUUUAGAGCUCGAUGAGGAGGACGAAGAUCUGUGUGUUUUGUGAAGGGCUUUCAUGAACGAAAACGAAUUUUUGAGAAGAAAUGCCGUGUUGCCAG